ACUUGAUGCUUUCUCUAUGCAACUUUCGUCCAAAAUAAGCCCUCUUAAAGGAGAGCAAGAGCAUCAAAAAAGAGAGGAGAAGGCAACACAAUCUAUUUCCUACAAUAAAGAAGAAUAAAGUGUCAUUGAUCUUAACCCUUUACCACUUCUUUAAAGUUUAAUGGCUCCGGCUUCAACAAUGAUCUGCAGCAUUGGGGUUGGAAUGGAAUUCUAAUUUGUAUGAUUUAAUUAUGCAAAGGAGGCGCAUUUAUUUCCUGCCGGCCCAUUGCCAUGACCCUUGCAGGUGGUGGCCAUAUGUUGAUACUUUGCUUGGAUAGAGACUCCUCAUCUCGUACCUUAAUUAUCGCCAGCUUGGACUUCUCAAACUCAGCUCAAAUCAUGUUUCCAACCCAAAACUGAAAAAAGAAGACAUUCGAGGCAGUGAAAAUGGCUCAGAAGAAAUCGGAAGCAAUGGACCAUAUAGAAGUAGUUCUUAGGAAGUUUGGAGAUGAGCAGAGCACGCUGUUGGACCGGUUUGAAAGACUGUCUUUUGAGGUGCAGCUGAACCAAGCCAUACUGGGGAGGAGCUUUUCAGAGCCAAGUGUGACUCGGUUCCAUGCACCACUGGUUGGUCAGGGCCCGGCUACUCCACCACCACCGGUGAGGCAGGCGCAACGAGGGCGUCGUGGGUCGGCUUUCCACAAGGUCCUGAAGAAGUUUCUCAAGCCUAUUCUUGGUAGAAAGAGUCGUGGUGGAAGGAGGGAGGUCCAAGUACCAGAUCCAAGAAGUCCCCGGUCAUGGAAAGCUUUCAGCAGAUCACUCCGGGCCUAGAGCUAUAUAUCUGAGCGGCUAUAUUCUGGUUCACAUUUAUACUUAUUUUACAAGUUUUUCUUAUUUUUGUUUUGGCUACGUAAAUUAUAAAUAAAGUCUAUUAAAGUUUAUAACAUAAUAUUGGAUAUACACAAGCAAAUGGUUAUGUAACGAUAUUUAUGGUAAGUAAUGAAAAGCGAGAAUUUGGUUGUA